AUGAUCCCAGAAAACUCCAUCAUGAGUGUCAAUAUAUCAUAUACCGCUAGUAUCGUCGCAAUCGUGGUGGUCUUUGCCAAGUUAUACCAGAAGUCCUCAUUAGCCUCCGGAAAGAACAGCAUUCCACUUCCGCCUGGACCUCCCGCCCGUUGGUUCUGGAGCAAUGCUUUACCUACUGUGAACAUUGCCCACGCGCUGACCGACUUGGUCCGGGAGUAUGGCCCGAUCGUGUCGUUGCGACAAGGUAACCAAGUGAUAGUUGUCAUUGGCAGCGUUGAGGCAGCCACGGACAUCAUGGAGAAAGAGGGUGGAUCACUGGUUGAUCGACCUGGGUCCAUUGCUGUGGGUGAGAUGCUCUCAAAGGGAAUGCGGAUUCUCAUGGCUCGUUCCGGAGAUCGUUUCCGGCGCCUCCGAAAAGCAGUACAUACCCAUUUACAAUCGAAGGUGGCAGAGACAUACCAAGAUAUGCAACGCGAGAAUGCGAUGAUUUUCGUAUUGGAUAUGCUGAAUGAUCCAAAGAACCCCCAGAAGCACGCACAGCGGUUUGCAGCAUCAGUCAUUCUUCGGGUGACUUAUGGGAAGUCUGUGCCCACUGCCAACACCGAUCCUGAAGUUGUCCGUAUCCACAGAGUCAUGAAGCAUUUUCAGGUCGUGAUGCGCCCAGGAGCUUAUCUCGUCGAUCGUGUACCUCUUUUGCGCUACUGGCCUGGUUACGGAAAACAACUUGCUAAGUGGCAUCAUGAGGAGCUAGAGCUAUACAAGCAUCAACUACAGCGCGAUCAAAACACAGCCGGCCCCUCUUUUACCAAGACACUAUUGGAGCACGCCAAUGAAUAUCAACUUUCCACAGAUGAAAUGGCAUAUCUUGCCGGAUCACUCUUUGGGGCGGGAUCUGAUACGGCAAGCCAUGCAACUGAUUUACCUCCGCGAAGGUACUUAUUUGUAGUUCAGACCGCUGUUGCAAUGACCGUUGCUAUUAUGGCUGCAGCAUGUUACCCAGCGGCCCAGGCAAAGGUGCACGAGGAGCUUAAUAUGGUCAUCGGGUCAGACAGAGCGCCAACAUUUGAAGACUCAAACUCCCUCCCCCAAUUGCACGCGUUCUUGUUGGAAAGUUUGAGAUGGAGACCUGUCAUCCGCAUAGGAUUUCCACACCGUGCAACAAAGGAUAUUUUUUGGCAAGGAUACUGCAUUCCUGAGGGUGCAAUAGUCUAUGGGUGCCAAUGGGCUAUUUCUCGCGAUCCUAUUGCCUUCCCAGAUCCUGAAACGUUCGAUCCCCAGCGCUGGAUUGACUCAGAAGGCCGCCUCAAAGACAGCGUCAAGUUCAUCACCUACGGCUUUGGUAGACGUGUGUGUCCCGGUCUGCACCUCGCAAACCACUCGUUGUACAUCAGCCUCGCACUUCUCUUGUGGUCUUUCCGCAUCGUUCAACGACCUGACGCCCCGAUCAACACGCAUGCUUUCUUGGAUGCUGUUAUUGCCCACGCAAUGCCAUUUGAAAUCGAUGUCAUUCCCCGGAUCGAAGUUGCGAAACUGAAAGAGCUUAUGACCGACGAUGUAUAGAUUAAAGAAGCUUAUAUCCGCCGGAAAGAUAUAGGAGAGCUGGCACAGCAUAUGUAUGUAGACAGCAAGACGAGCAUGUCAUUUGUUUGAGUUCAAUCAGCAGAGGAAGAAAGGCACCCGGGAAAACUCAUCACAACGGACUCAUCAACACCUGAUAAAGUUGUGGGACAAUAUAUGCAGGCCGUAAGGGCUUGAGGUCAUCUGUACUUGGCUCAAAAUCGUAUGAAGGUUACGAGUACAGUGGUAGGCAGGCAUGGGGGAUUUCACGAGACUUUGUCCUAGACCGCUUCUGAAAAGCGGGAAGUAAGCGAAAUGUGAGAAAGUGUCCGAGGUCAUGUACUCCGAAAGCAGACGAAGUGAAUAUAGAUCCUAGAUUCAUGAAGAAAACGUAUUGAAACGAAUUGCUAGUCAGUCACAGCCAGAGCCAGGUCCUUCUCGCCUUGCAGAACACUUGAGGGCGU